GCGGUGCUCAUUCCCGGGAUAUGCCGUGCUUGCAGUCCUGCGCUAAAAUUCGCGGAGGCUGCUGCUACUGCUGCUAUCUGGGGGUUUUGGUUAGGGACUCUAGGCCAGUUCUUGAUCUAGGGGGGAGGAGAGAAAUUUCGCUCUCGUCGCAGUCUCUCUGUGCGUGAUGUGUCCCGAUGCUCAUUCAGCUCGCGCAGAUCUUGCGUCAAUGAGAGUCACUGCUGCGCCAAAGCUGAGCUCUUUAUUAUUUAUACGUGUAUACAUGCGCGACCAUUGUAACGCACUUAUUAAUCGACGUCGAAGAUUCGAAUUUGUAAAUCCGAGCUUCGAAGAUUUUUUUGACGGAAUUGCCUUUACGAAAAUUACAAAUACAAGCUCGAAUCUCGUUUUAUCGUCUGCUAGCUUUUGUUUGGGGUCUCUAGAGCUAGUAGUCAGUAAAUUUCAUAAUCAUAAUGAUUCGCCUCGCACAUGCUCGAUACACGGCGGCGGCUUCUGCUGCUGUCUGCUGUCAAUAACAGACGAGCGAUACACGUACAGCGAAUUAACACCACAAGUUAGCGUCUCCCGCUGCGAUAUUGAUAACAAAGCGUCAACUUGAACAAUAUUGCAUUACGUCCACGACCGCACGAAGUUUGACCAGCGUCAAGAGAGUUUAUAUAGUUGUUUUUUUAGUAAAAUCUAGUACACAAUGCAACGUUGUUUGCAUAGCGACAAGUAUCUGAGGAUGUUGGCCAUGCCAGAUCCGUCAAAGAUACUGAAGGAAAUAAACAUUGGUUUCGUGGGAGGUGGAAAUAUGGCUCAGGCCAUUGCUUUUGGAUUGUUGAAGAAGAAAUGUGUAAAUCCUGAAAAUAUAUGGGUUUCGUCAAGAACAGAGGAAACUCUGAACAAAUGGAAAGAAUUCGACAGUAAUAUUCAUACAACCCUCAACAAUGCUGACGUCAUUGAGAACUGUGAAUACAUAUUUUUAGCUGUAAAGCCUCACAUUUUAGUAGAUGCAUUAAAGACUUGUGUACCGCAGGGUAAAGAUAAACUCCCUCAAAAACUUUUUAUAUCAGUGCUAGUUGGAACAACGCUAGAAGUAUUAACUAAGGAAUUGAAAAUUCUGAAUGAAAAUCCUUCAGUUAUAAGAUCUAUGCCCAAUACUCCGUUGAUGGUUUCUGAAGGGAUUACUGUGUAUUGUUGCUCAAAUACUAGUAAAGAAGAUGAAAUUAUAGUCAAGUUAUUAUUUUCUAUACUUGGUUUAUGUCAAGACAUUCCAGAAUCGUUAAUGAACAGUGUUGGCGGUCUUAGUGGUUCAGGUCCAGCAUAUGCAUACAUGAUAAUUGAAGCCUUAGCUGAUGGAGCAGUUAGAAAAGGGGUUCCUCGGGCACUGGCAAAUAAAUGUGCAGCUCAGGUGUUGGUUGGUGCCGGCAGGAUGGUCUUGGAAACUGGCAAACAUCCUGGACAGUUAAAGGACGAAGUAUGUUCUCCCGGUGGUUCUACUAUAACGGGAAUUCACGAAAUGGAGCGUGGUGGCGUCAGGGCCUCGAUGAUGAAUGCCGUCGAAGCUGCGGUUGGAAGAUCAGACGAACUUACAAAUUCUAAAAAGUGAAUUUAAUAAGCAAUCCGACAAUAUAUAAAUGAAUUUAAAUUAAAAAGUAUAUUUACGCCGUAACGUACACAAAAUUCAUAUUAAAUUUUGUAUAUGCUGCAGCUACUGGCUAGGCGUACUUUUUAAAUUAUAACUUGCGUACUUUUUAUAAAAAUAAAAUAUUAUGAAAUUAAAAGGAA